GAUACUGCCAGUGUCUUUCUCUGCUAUAUAAUCCCAAUAAGCAGCAACCGUUAUCUUGCUAGCAACAGAAAGCAGUUUCAGACUUCUGGUCUUUGGGAACCCCCUCCACUCCUUUGUGUCCAAGUGGUCAGUCAACACAGACUGCUUUCUGUCACUGAAUAUUUGCACUCAAGAAGGCUAUAUUUCAAUACCUCUGUGCAGCAUGGAAUUUGUACACAGCAGAAAGUGGCAUCUCCAAAUGGGUUGUCUCUUGAUGGUGAAUUUAGUUUUUGGCAACCUUGAAUAUCAAAAAGAAGCCUUUGCCGGCCUGGGAGAGAUUGAUCAUCAUUGUUGGGAAAUUUCCUCUCGUAGGCUGGUGGAAGUGAAGAAACUCAGGGUAUCAAGCACAGUUACUGCUCUCUGGGAAUUCAUGAUGUUCCUGAAAGGGUCGUCUAAACCCAAGCAUAAUGACAUCUUCAACAGUUUAGCUCAGAACUUCUGGGAUAUGUAUGUAGAAUGCAUUCUCUCAAGUUCUCACGGAAUGGGCAGGAGACAAUUAGCAUCCACAGAGAAUACUUUUACAUAUGGACAGAAAGCGUCAGAAGAUACUACCUUUUCCUCCAAUGAGCUCAAGGUUCUCCGCUCCCUGUUUUAUCUUCACAACAACCCUGUGAGGCUUCACAAACCUCAGCUGUAGAGCAAAGAGGCUAAUCUACAGAAGACACCUCACCCAGAUGAUUCCACACUGAAUGAAGCUUUCAAAAAGCACAUAUUUUACUGUAGAUAUUUCUGAUAACUCUUUUUUUUGCGAUCUUUUUCUGUGUUCUGAUUUGAUAAGCAUAUUCCAAUCAUUGUCAGCAUGGUCUUUUCUCCAGUGCAAAUGCUGUAUGUAUUUUGAAUAAUUUCCUGUGCUCUCUCAGGUAAAUCUAUGUGUUUAAUACUAGCACACAUGUCCUUUUUGGGGGGAAAGGUUUCUCUCAUUUUUAAAAGUUCAGAAUGCAAUGAAAACCAAAUAUAUUUUUAUAUGCUAAUGAAACAUGGUGCUGCAGCAGCAAGCAUAUUUUAUACAGCAUCUUAUAAAUGGUAAUUUCAUUUUAAAGACAUACAAGGGAGGGGGAAUGUAAACCCAAAGAAAUUAUGCUUGAUGUAAUUUUCUGUGCAAUCUCUUAAACACUGGAUUUGGUCACUUAUGUUGGUUAUCAUAAAAUAUCUUUUCUAUGCUGUGUAGACUAUUGAAAUGGUGCUCUUAUUCAAUUCAGUAUCCUUCAGACUUGUAAUAAUCUCCCUAAUAUGCCACAAUACAGUCUUCUCAAUCUCUAGUGCUUCUCUUGUGUCCGCUGAACUUUCUCCUGCUCAUAGAAAAGAACAGGGAAGCUCCUGCAUAUUCUUUACAUGCAGCAUUUG